CCCCCACAGCCAUGGCUGCCGCCGCCGCCGGGCCUGGGGCGCCUCUGUCCCCAGACGAAUUGCUUCCGAAAGGCGAUGCCGAGAAGCCUGAGGAGGAGCUGGAGGAGGAAGACGACGAGGAGCUAGAUGAAACCCUAUCGGAGAGACUGUGGGGUCUGACGGAGAUGUUCCCGGAGAGGGUCCGGUCCGCGGCUGGAGCCACUUUUGAUCUCUCCCUCUUCGUGGCUCAAAAAAUGUACAGGUUUUCCAGGGCAGCCUUGUGGAUUGGAACCACUUCCUUCAUGAUCCUGGUUCUUCCGGUCGUCUUUGAAACUGAGAAGUUGCAGAUGGAGCAACAGCAGCAGCUGCAGCAACGGCAGAUACUUCUAGGGCCUAAUACAGGGCUGUCAGGAGGAAUGCCCGGGGCUCUACCUUCACUUCCUGGAAAAAUCUAGAUUGCUACUGCUAUAUUUGACCUGUCUUGGUGGGAAGAAGUUUGAAAAUUCAAUAGUGUUCGAACUGCUGAUUAUUGGAUUUUUUUUUUUUUUUAAACUUUGGCACAUUGCUCUAUAAACCUGGUGGCGGGAAUUAUCCCCACAUUGGCUCGUGGAGACUCCUCACUUGCAGCUGUGCCCUCCACUGUCCUGACUUAUUUCUCUCCUCAAUGCUGAUACCAGAGUGCAGCAACGCAGACGGUUACUCCAGCUCUGGCCACCCAUCCCCCUCACUAAAUUACUCCUGGUGGAAGAUCUCACUAUUCCGUUGCUGGGGUGGGAACUGAUUGCUGUGGAGAAGGAUGUGCUCCUGACCGUUAAUGGAAUGGAGAUGUUGGGGAGGGAUGUGCACACAAGAUAAAAUACAAAAUGCAUUAAUUACAGCUCUGCUGCAAAGCAGCCACUGUGAAUUUCUGUGUAUGUUGGAAAGGAUGGAGGGAGGGCUGGCAGCUUCAGCCACAAGAUGGGGACUGGAGGACAGAGCAGGAGCUCAUUUCCUCCAAUAUUUUGGCUGUUAGACUUGUGCGUAUAUGUGUCUAAAAAGGAAAAAAAAGUCAGUGCUCACAUUUUGUAUUUAAAUAUUAAAAAAAAAAUGAUU